AAAGGCGCCAAUGGAGUAAACAAACUGGACAACUCCAAGUCUCCAUCUACAAUUGGAUAAGGUAAAAACACUCCAUUUGGCCUUUGCUCUAAACCUUCAAUUCUCUACAAUGGCUCAUCUUGCAGCCACCAACUUGUGCUUCAACUCCUUCCUCUCCGGCGCCGACGCCGGAGACUCCCCUGCUUCCUGUAAACGCCUCAUCUUUACACCCAGAAACGUGGGCCCCUUGUUUCUUCCCAAACCAAUCAGUCAGAGCUCCAAGAAACACAUUUCAGACUACCCCUUUUCAUCUUUUUAUUGUAAAUCUUCUAAACAGAAAGAAGAUGCUCCACAGAACUUCUCCAGAAGAUCAAAAGAUGAAAGUAACAGUGGAAGAUCUCGGUCAACAGCUUUUAAAUCAGUUGGACAGAGAAAGGGCACCAAAGGAUUUUUGGUUGACUCAAAGGAACAGCAGGUUGAAACAACAAGUAAUCUUCAAGAUGCAACUUCCCUUAAUGCUGUAGUAAAGGUUUACUGUACCCACACUGCACCUGAUUACUCGCUUCCUUGGCAAAAACAAAGACAAUACACGAGCACCGGAAGUGCUUUCAUGAUUGGAGAUGGAAAGCUUCUAACGAAUGCUCAUUGUGUUGAGCACAAUACUCAGGUCAAAGUGAAGAGAAGGGGAGACGAUACCAAGUAUGUGGCUAAGGUGCUAGCUAAAGGUGUGGAGUGUGACAUAGCGUUACUUACAGUGGAGAGUGAAGAAUUCUGGAAAGGAGCUGAGCCUCUACAGUUUGGCCGCUUGCCUCGUCUGCAGGAUUCAGUUACUGUAGUCGGAUAUCCUCUUGGAGGAGACACUAUCUCAGUGAGCAAGGGAGUUGUAUCACGAAUAGAGGUAACAUCAUAUGCUCAUGGAUCAUCAGAGUUGCUCGGCAUUCAAAUUGAUGCUGCAAUAAAUCCCGGUAAUAGCGGCGGUCCUGCAUUCAAUGAUCAGGGUGAAUGCAUCGGUGUAGCAUUUCAGGUAUACAGAUCAGAAGACACUGAGAAUAUUGGAUAUGUGAUACCAACUACAGUCGUGUCUCAUUUUCUUGAUGACUACGAGAGGAGCGGAAAGUACACAGGUUUCCCUUGCCUUGGAGUCUUGCUGCAAAAAUUAGAGAAUCCAGCAUUACGUUCCUGCUUAAAAGUGCCAGCAAAUGAGGGUGUACUUGUGCGGAGAGUAGAGCCUACUUCUGGUGCUAGUAAAGUCCUGAAGGAGGGGGAUGUGAUUGUGAGUUUUGAUGGUGUUCAUAUUGGUUCCGAAGGAACAGUGCCUUUUAGAUCUACGGAACGCAUUGCAUUCCGCUACCUGAUUAGUCAGAAAUUUUCAGGUGAUUUGGCAGAACUUGUUAUUAUCAGAGCAGGAUCUCUAAUGAAAGUUCAAGUAGCUCUAACUCCACGUGUCCAUUUGGUUCCAUAUCAUAUUGAAGGAGGUCAGCCUUCCUAUCUAAUAGUUGCUGGUUUGGUGUUUACACCACUGUCAGAGCCUCUAAUAGACGAGGAAUGUGAAGACAGUAUAGGGCUGAAGCUAUUGGCGAAGGCACGCUACUCUUUGUCAAGAUUUAAAGGGGAACAAAUUGUGGUCCUAUCACAGGUUUUAGCAAAUGAAGUAAACAUUGGUUACGAGGACAUGAGCAAUGAGCAGGUUUUGAAAUUUAAUGGAACAAGGAUAAAAAACAUACAUCAUCUAGCUCAUUUGGUUGAUUCCUGCAAGGAUAGGUAUCUUGUUUUUGAAUUCGAAGACAAUUACUUGGCCAUUCUAGACAGAGAGGCAUCUUCAAUUGCUUCAUCCUGCAUCCUGAAAGAUUACGGAAUUCCAUCCGAAAGGUCUGCUGAUCUUUCAGAGCCUUACAUAGAUGUUAUCGAAGAAAGCCAAUUAACAGAACCACAAAAUUUUGGCGACAGUCCAGUAACAAGUUCGGAAUUUGGGUUUGAUGGGAUUCUUUGGGCAUAAGGGAUACUACUUUAAUGGCAUUCUUAAUUCUUCUGACGACUGAGGCAGCCUCAAAUAGGAAAAAGUAAUCAACAGUUCUUUAUACAUCAUUAUCAUGCCUGCAUGUUGGGUCGUCGGCUGAUAUGUAGUAUCAGAAAGUUUUGCAAAUGAGUGAUGACAAUUAUAUCGUGGAAGAGAAUGCAGGCCUCAAGUAGGUCCUGAUCCCUGUUGUAUGUAUUUGUUGAGAAAUGAAUAAAAUGUAUUCGUUUAUGAUUGAUGAAUUACAUGCAGUCAUGCAUCUACUCAAAUAUUUUGAUUAUUUUUUUAUAACAUUUUUAACAUCAGUAAACAUAAUACAAGUCUAUGAUUUAUACUGUGUUC